AUGAGUACGUCGAAUAUCCUAUUACCCUCGGCAGGUGCAAAGGGGCUGCAGCCUGAUGGAAGAGCGACAGCGACCUGUUUUUGCGGUGCGGUCCAACUUCUCCUCCCUGUCGACGGGCCAGAUCUUAUCGCCACCUUCAUCUGCAACUGCUCCGACGACCAUAAGAUCCAUGCGUCGGCAUUCGCAUCCAACUUUGUCGUCAAUGAGUCUGCUACAGUGCAUGUCCGCGGCCAGGACAAGCUUACUAGGUAUGCUCAGAGAAAGACUAUCGCCACAGGCAACGAAAUGGCCAACUACUUCUGCUCCAUUUGCGGGACAUUGAUGUACAGGGUCAGUUCUGGGUACACUGGAAAGCUGAUUCCCAGGAUUGGUACUGUUGAUGAUUUCGAUGUGCAGAACAAUCAGUUGAGGCCGAAGAUUGAGCAGUUUGCCAAAAAUAGGAUGGCUUGGUUCAAAGGUAUCGACGGUACAGAAGUGCACGAGGGUAACUUCUUCACAGGAGCUUAG